AUGGUCACACACAUCCAGCGCAUCGACUUGCCAAUAUAUCAACGCAACCGGAGCGAAUUCACACCUCCACCCUCUCCAGAACCGCGGCGACGCAUUCUUCCCAGCGCGCUACCUACCAUGCCAUUCCCCGGCAAGCCUCUCAUAACGUCGUGGAACGUCUUCCUUCCACCAUCACAAAUAUACUCGUUAUAUCUUGGUUAUGCCCCACGGGACAUGGACGACAAGUGGUACAUCUACAGCGAGGGUCCUGAUCAGGCUGGAAAGCUAAAGGUGCACUUCCAUCGGAGUUGGACUGGCAUGAAGGUGGCAGAACUGUUUGUGGUAAUGGAUACAAAAGGCGAGGGUGCUGGAAAGAUUGUUGGCAUCAAGUGGAAUGGAGGUGAAGAGAUGAACUGGAUGAGCGAGGAAGAGGCCAAAUACAUGAUACGGACGGCUUGCAGGUGGCAAUUAGCCGUGGAUUUGGAGAAAUGA